AUGAAAACACUGCGCAAACUCAAGAACCUAUUAACACCAGUUUUAUUUCGCGGGAAACACGAUUACUUCCCGAGAACCCUCGAGCUUCACAAUGGCGGAAAGGUUAGCUAAGUUAUCAAUUAAGGGCGGCCGGUCACCCCUCAAAAAGUUCUCUGUCUUUUAAAAAGGCAUAGGUCUGAGAAUGAAGCCCCGACCUCAGAAUAAUACACAUUAAUAACCUGAUAACGGUAGGACUAUCCCGAGGUGAAGGGUGUGUGGAUCCCUCAAACUUAAUCUGAGUAGAAGAAGAUCGCAGGGUGCGAAGAAAACGUAUUGUGCUCGGGUACCACAAUUGCGACGAAUAAGGCUCCGUGAUAUUCUCGUGAUCCUCCAUCACUGGCGGUCAAUUUUCUAUAGUCUCCGCUUUAUACUCUGUUGUUUCCCCCCUGAAAUCUAUAUGAUUCCCCCCAAAGUCCUCAGCCCCCCCCUCCCCCCUCCGCGAUAAUUAAUUACUGCGUGGUUAGUGACGCUAAAAGAAGGAAUUUCCGACGAUUGACACGAAAAGUACAAAAAAACGACCUUAGAAAACGCCGUGAACUAAUAAAAUUGAACUUGAAACUGUGGACUACUUUUACGUAGUAUUUAAUCUAUUUUAUAGCGCAAAAGUGUUUUUUCCUAUUCGUAACGGUGAUUCUGAAAACUCUCUUUCCUUCCUUCGUCUUUCUAUCUUACUUUCUCGGUUUAUUUCUCAAUGAGUCGAUCGCCAUUGAAAAAUCUUACAUUCCUCCAUUCAUUUAUUUCUACAUGAUUCACGUUCUUUUAUGUGUAUGUAAAAUCUAUUUUCAGACCCAACCACUAUUUUCUUCUGAAGAAAUGAACCGGCGUCUGAACAGUAUCCGUUCUUACAUGGAAAAAAAUGGCCUUGACGCAUGCGUGUUCACUUCUUACUACAACAUUUAUUACUUCAGCGAGUUUCUAUACUGUUCCAUGGGACGGCAAUACGCCUUGGUCAUUACUGACGAAAAAGCAUUGACAAUUACGCCAUGUAAGAACUUGUCAAAUGUCUUUGUUCAAUUAACAACUUUACUAUUAAAGUAAAGAGUUUUUUUUUAAGUAGAAUUUUUUUGUUGAGACUGAUGGGUCUUGUCUGUUUACAGCUGUAGAUUAUGGGUUUCCAUGGAGACGAGGAACUUGCGAUAACAUUAGCUACACCAACUGGCAAAAGGAAAAUUUUUACUACGCCAUGCAACAACAGGUAUCGAAAAGAAGAUAAAAUUCGUUUAAUAACACGAAUAAUCAGAUGUUUGAUUGAGAAAGAAAAGCACUUGAUAAAUAGCUGUGAUUGUUAACAUUGUAAGCAGCACCAUAUUAAGCAGUUGGUUGUCACAAAUAUUUUCACCUCUAUUAAGUGGUCGUGGUCGUGGAAUCUGCAGCUUUAAAGCGAAAAUUUGCGAGUUGCCUUUCCAAGAUCAUUAGUUAGACUACUUCUUGAUUUUAGAUGCCUGCAUAGGAGUAUGUAUAUAUUUUCUUAUUUAUCGCCUCUUUGUAAAACUAUCAGUUACAGUCUGCAAAGACGGUGGGUGUAGAGUUUCCAGAUAUGGGAGCCUCGCUGCAAAGUUUCUCAGAGGCCUUACCGCAUGCCAAAUUUGUCGACGUAGCAGAUGCAGCCAUGGAAAUUCGACGAGUGAAGUCUCCAGAGGAGGUCGAAAUAGUCCGUCAAGGCUCUCGAAUAGCAGAGCUUGGGGCGUAUGCAGGAAUCAAGACCUUACACGAGGGUGUCCCAGAGUAUGAAGUGGUGAUCGCUUCAAAUAGUGCCAUGAUGCGGGAGGUCGCUGUAACAUUUCCACAAAUCGAUAUCCGAGAUAGUAAGUUAUUGGAAUUCUGGUUUGAUCUUUAACAGAACAUUUUUAAUUACGCUUUUUUUUUUAACUUUAUUGAUGGGCCCUUCCCAAAAAAUCUAACUUAACUCCCAAAAAAUAACCCCAACACUUAAGGAUGUUACUAUGGUGCAUACCAAAGUUCUUUUACUCAAGUGAGAGAUAUCUUCGUGAAAUUUUUACUCCUGUUUUUACUUCUGAGAUAAGUACCGCUUACUUGAGGAGUUCCCUGUAUAACCCAUCAUGGAGUUAUCUACUCCCCUUUCAUUACACUUUACUCAUUGUGCGUACAUUCUUUUCUAUCUAGCGUGGUCUUGGCUGCAGUCAGGAAUAAACACAGACGGUGCACACAACUUUCCUACAAGUCGGCGAGUUCAAAAAGGCGAUAUUCUGAGUUUGAACUGCUUUCCAAUGAUAGCAGGGUAAGUCUAUCUAUUCAGAAAGUAGAUUUGUUCUCUUACAUUCAUAAAGGUUCUUAUACAAAUGAUGACUAAAUCGGAUCGGCGGGAGGCUCCGCUUUGAUACGCAAAACAUUCGGCGAGGUCGAACGUAGUAUGCUAGUAAUAUCUCGUCAGAGCCUGCGAUCCUUGGUACAUAACGCUGUCCAAAAGCAUUGCGACCUCCCAGAACGUGAAUAUGAUAAGUAUGCAGGAUGUUUGUCACAUGGAUCGAGUCAAUACGUAAGCUAGCAAGAGCCUCUUACAGCUCAGUGUAUCCGAGCCAACAAGUGGCAUGGAUUGAUACUGGGAUCAACACACCUGCUAGGAGCGCUCGAGUGUUCUUUUUUGCCUGAUUUUCUAACGUUAUUUAUUUUGCUGGUAUUUUUGUUUUGUAAUAGAAACUAUGCUGCUCUAGAGCGGACGUUGUUCUUUGAUCACGUGCCAUCAGAUCGACAUAUGGAACUCUGGGAGAUCAAUAACAAGGUACACCGUAGAGGCCUGGAACUAGUCAAACCAGGCAUGCGCUGCGGUGACGUUGCACGGGAACUGAAUGAAAUUUAUAUGGAACACGACAUUCUGCAAUACCGAGUCAUUGGCUACGGACACUCCACGGGAGUUCUUUCUCAUUACUAUGGAAGGGACUGGGGCUUAGAGUUCCUCGAGCACGUGGACACAGUUCUGGAACCUGGGAUGAUCAUUACCAUGGAACCAAUGAUUGUAGUUCCCGAAGGAAAACCUGGAGCUGGCGGGUACAGAGAGCACGAUACUUUGAUUAUUACGGAGACUGGGACCGAGAACACAACAGCAUCGUUUCCUAUUGGUCCUGAACAAAUGAUUGUCAAAAACUAAGCAUCCUAUCCCCAAAGACAGAGUUUAUAACUUUCUGUAAGUCUCCUCUAUGACUGAUCCAAGAAUUUUGACGGGAAAAGCUAUUUUUGUAGGAAUAGCUGAUAAGGUCCUAGGGUUACAGAAAAAAUGAGAAAAAAAAGAUGAUUUAUUGCUAAAUAAUCAAUCUUCCUGUCAAUAAAUUUCCGACGAAGAAGCCCCUUCAAGAAAAUCCUUUCGACGCCCAUCCAGAGGCGGUGCACAUUUGCCAUAAUAAGCUUAAUUGACUGACUGAUCAAAAUGCCGUUGCUCUUUGUAUGAAAAAGCAUCCACAUUCAGCCGUUUUUAAUGUUAGUUAAGGGGAUGUGCAUGUCUGUUCCACAAGUUAGUUUAUUUCACUAUGGUAUUCAAAUGCCUACAUGGGUUAGCUCCGUACUAUUCAACUUCGAAAUUCUCUUAACGUAAUAAAGUUACAACCUAAGGGACUCCGAGAAAAAACUUAUGUUCUAUUACCAAGCACAAAGUAUUUCAAAAAUAGUUUUCGUUACAGAGGCGCCACAUUGCGGAAGUUAAGCCAUACCAGGAGGGUUAUGACAAAGAAUUUCAACAUUAG